GACACAACGCAGGCACUCUGUGGGCCCAACGGGGACGCAAUCUACAGACUUCAAAAAUGAUCAUCAAAAAUCGCAUCCUAAUAACUGUUUUUGUUUUUUCCUUUAUUUCUGGGAUCGAUAACAAAGAUGCUUUCCAGGGGUUUACAUCAAAGCUUUCCAAGUAUUCCAUUGUAAAUCCUCAAGUGAUUCAUAGAGGGUCUAGGAGCAUCAACAGACAACAUCAUUUAAAAGAUAAAUAUGGAGAUGAGACAGUGUCAUAUGCAGUCAACAUAAACAACCAAAAGCAUGUCAUUCAUCUAAGAAAGAACAGAGACUUCUUACACCCAAAUUUUGUUCAAUAUUCACGUGACGCUGCCGGGAACUACGACACAUCGUAUCCGAAACAACAUGUACAUUGUUAUUACCACGGGGAGGUGGAAGGCUAUAAGGAUUCAAUGGUAGCGCUGAGCAUGUGCUCUGGUCUCAGGGGUGUGAUCUUCUUUGAAAAUAAGGCCUUUGGCCUGGAGCCUGUGUCACAGUCCACCACCAAUGACCACCUUCUCUACCUUUUGGAGGACGUUCAGACCGAGCCCAUCACCUGUGGAGUCGUUACUGAGGCUACUUCAGUGCCGAGCCACGAACCCUUUGAGCCUGGCCAAUCCCUGACUUCUCUGCUGCGGAGAAAACGCAAUUUACCACAGACCAGUUAUGUGGAGUUGGUGCUGGUUGUGGAUAAUCUCAGGUAUACUUUUAAGAAAAACAAUGCAACAGCGGUGAGAGAGGAGAUGGUGCAAAUGGCUAAUCUACUAGACGGGACAGUCUGCUCUGCCUCAAGUUCUGGAGGAAUCAAUGUGUUUAGCGGCAACAAUUUGGCUUUUGUCUCCACUGUGGUGGCUCAUGAGAUGGGUCAUAACCUGGGCAUGAAUCAUGACGCUGUGAACUGCGCCUGUAAUGGAAAAAGCUGCAUCAUGUCAGGAGGUGCCAGUGGUGUCACACAUUUUAGCCAGUGCAGUGCAGCAGAUUUUGAAGCACUGAUUUUAAGAGGAGGAGGCCUGUGUCUGAGAAAUCAGCCCGCUGCAUCAAAUGUGAUUAGCAAUCCCGAGUGUGGCAAUGGCCUACUGGAACAAGGGGAGCAGUGUGAUUGUGGCAAACCACAGGAAUGUACGAAUAAGUGCUGCAAUGCUGCCACAUGUACAUUUACCCGCGGAUCUGCAUGCGCUCACGGAGCAUGUUGUGAAAACUGUCAGCUCAAAGUUGCAGGAACGACAUGCAGAGAUUCUGUCAAUACCUGUGAUCUUCCUGAAUAUUGUAAUGGAAGAAAUGAAUCCUGUCCGAAUGACUUUUAUCUCAUGGAUGGUCUGCCCUGUCAAAACAAUGCUGCGUAUUGCUAUGAAGGACGCUGCCAGACAUAUGAUUAUCAGUGCGGACAUCUGUUUGCACCAGAUAAUGCAAUAAAAGCAGCAGAUAUUUGUUUCCAAGAUGCAAAUAUUCAGGGAGAUCGGUUUGGUAACUGUGGAAGGAGCAGCAAAGGAGACUACAUCAAAUGUACUGUAGCAAAUUCCAUGUGUGGAAAGGUGCAGUGCACCAACGUGAAUGUGAUUAACCCUCCUCUCGGUGCCACAAUCACUAUUAAAAUAGUUGCUGGGAAGACUUGUGUUAAUGCUGACUUCGACCUUGGCACAGAUGUGCUGGACCCAGCUUAUGUUAACCCUGGCAGCCCCUGUGCUACAGGAAAGACCUGUGUGAACUUUCAGUGUGUGAAUGCCUCUGCUCUCCUGCCCAACUUGAUCUGUGAUGCAAAAACCACCUGUAAUGGCCAAGGGGUUUGUAACAACCUAGGUCACUGCCACUGUGAAAAUGGCUGGGGCCCACCCUACUGUGACAGGUCAGGGUGGGGUGGCAGCAUAGACAGCGGCCCUGCUCAAAUAGACUACUCCCUCAGAAACGGCCUGCUGAUCUUCUUCCUCUUGGUGGUUCCUCUUCUGGUUCUUCUCAUUUUGGUGCUCCUUUACGUCUUUAGGAGAGAGUCCUUAGAGCCUUGCCUCAAAAGGUUACGUAAGACUCAGACCAAAAACACAAAUGCAGGCUCAAACAGCAAUGCUCAGACGGGUGCCAGAACCAUACCUCCACCUGAGCGUCCCACCAACCGGUACACUCCCUACUACUCCCUCAGAAACGGCCUGCUGAUCUUCUUCCUCUUGGUGGUUCCUCUUCUGGUUCUUCUCAUUUUGGUGCUCCUUUACGUCUUUAGGAGAGAGUCCUUAGAGCCUUGCCUCAAAAGGUUACGUAAGACUCAGACCAAAAACACAAAUGCAGGCUCAAACAGCAAUGCUCAGAGGGGUGCCAGAACCAUACCUCCACCUGAGCGUCCCACCAACCGGCCUGCAUUUCCAGCAGCUGCCUCAACUCCAGUUUCUGGUUUCAGGUACGGAGAAACGAACUACUGGGAUGAUGAAAACAGUCAUGACCCCCCUCAACAACCACCUCCUGUACAAGGCCCUGGAGUACCCAGACCAAUCCAACCGAAACAGCUACCAAGCUAGUUGCUUUCAUACAGUAUCAUUUAAAUUAUUUUCUGAAGUUAUGAAUUUGCUACAGAUCAAAACUGUAUGAAGAGACUAUUUUAAAAUACUGUGAUAAUUAAAGGCAUGCUGUUUGUAAGAUUGACUGUUAUUAUGUGGUGGUGGAUGAGGCUGGUAAAUGUUUACUGAAAUGACUGUUUUAUUAGGUCUUUUUACUAUUUGGGGAUACAUGCAAAUAAAAUUCAAAAAGAGUUUUAUAUUUUACAUCAUCAUGCUUUUUAAAAAAUAAAUAUUAUUGAUGUUUCUUGCAGUUAAAUGCAAUUGUUAUAAUGUGUGCAAUGUAAUAAUGAAGGGUAUCAAAAAUGGACUUUGAUUGUUUCAUUGUAACUGAGUAAAAAAUUCUUGUGGCUUUUAAAUUAUUUCUACACUAAGAAUAGAAACAGAAACACUGUGUGUAGAAUCAUAGAGAGUCAAAAUGGCAAAAAAAAAAUAAAAUGUAAAACUAAAUAAAGCUUCAGCAUCCAGCCCAUUUUGGCCACUUAAGAUAUGUUGAUAGAACUGCAAUUUAUUUAUUUAGAAAUUUUUGUUGCCCUCAAUACUAUGCCUCUUUUUUACUUUUUUGUUUGUUUGUUUUUUUAAAUAAAGGGUAUAUAAGUGGCUUUGCCAAUAACAACUUCUUGAGGCUUCUACCUUGUGACAGGAAUGUGACUCAAAACUGACUUGAAAUCAUUUAAUCACAUCAUAGAUAUUUUUGACAUAUUUUGAAAGAUUAUAGAUAGAUAGAAUAUUAUUUCGAAUAUGCAAAUAUAAUUGAAAUAACGAGAGAAAAAACAAAACUUAAAAAUCAUCAAGUUUUCAUGUAUAUAUCUAUGUCUACAUAAUGUGUGUGCUUGAAAAGGAGUAGGAUGAAGUUUACACUUUUCCUGUUCCUACCCCCUUAUUUCAAAUUUCAUUGCUAACAAAUCCAUCUCCAGAAGUCAACAUUAUUUGAUCCAUAUAUGUUUAACUAUGUACAAGUCUAACACAUUGAACAUACACAAAUAAAACCAUU